AUGUACACGCCCAGCAAGCCCCUCCUCUCCAUGGGCUCGCCACAGCGCAUGCCCUUCCAAAGGCCACCAGAUUUUGAUCUGGCAGAGAACCACGUCUUCCCGCGCACAGUCGGUCUGGACACCCUCCACUACGAAGACGAGCAGGGAGAGAACUGCCAGUCAUCCGUCUACGUGCUCCCCAACGCCCCGUCCAACUUGACCCCGUCCAGCAUGAUUGACUACGGGACGCCCUCCUGGAAUCCGAAGGCGUGGGAAUCCAUUGUCAACCGCUCAAACGGAGCCAUCUAUGAAGAGACCCAGCCCAACUACUCCUACAUAUUACCCAGCCAGGGCAUAUCAUCAACUGAAAUCCCCCAAACAACAGCCGCCGUGGCGAUGAAUUCCUCCGACAUCCCGGGCCCAGAGAGGACUCUCCCCACGCCGACAACGCGCCAACAAGUCCCCAACAGUCUUAAUGCCAGUAUGUUCGAAGGCCUCACCGUCCCAUCCGACUUCAAAGCAUCCGGAGCUCCACCUUUCUACCCACAACGCACAGAAAGAUACACCCUCCCCAGCAACGCACCCCCCUUCACAACAAGCCCACCUCCCAAAACCGAAGCGCCGGACCUCCUCUUCCCCUACCUCACCUCCACAACUGAUGACACCCCGGCCACAAGCGCUGUCAUAAGUCCGUCAUACACAAUGGAAUCAUCAGACUUCCCCGAUGUGCGUCUCCGCUCCUUCCGAGAGCAGGGACAGCGUUUGCUCAAUCUGUCGAAUGAGUGUAUGCCUGAUGUAUAUGGAUACAGCAGCAGCGAGAAGAAGAGGACAGAUGAGUGUGGCGCGACGCUUGUUUCUGGUCUUCCUUAUACAAGGGUGCGGCAUGCUGAUACGCCCGUUUUUCCUUGUGGUCUGCUGCCUGAGGCACUGGAGUUUGGUCGGCCUGCUGAGAUGCAUCGCCCGUCGGUUGAGCCGUUGGGGAAUCAGGGGGCUUAUUAA